AUGCUGGGCAAUGGGUCUCGUAUACAUUAUCUGGCCCAGUGGCAGGCUAGAUCUUUAACCCGCUUCGAGACUGCCGUGCCCUAUCGCUGCCUCGUGCACCGGACAAUAUGCCACCAUGCUCAACCGCGACGCGUCGCAGCUCCGAAGCCAACCGCGGCCUUUCCCACGCAACGACGGUCAGCUAAAACGAAGUCCACGGUGAAGCUCAAGGAUCUCCCUCAAGGCGCAGUAAAACUGGAGCCAUAUAGUGAUGUCGUGGAGGAAACGCCCCGAUACCCGACGGUUCUCCAGGGACACCGCAACAACAUGCACAAGUUCAAGGACUGCGUUGUCCUGACUAGGGUUGGAGGUUUCUACGAGCUUUACUUCGAACAAGCGGAGGAAUUCGCUCCGUUGCUCAACAUAAAGCUUGCCUCCAAAAAGACCAGCGCCGGGCCUGUCCCCAUGGCAGGCUUCCCGUUCUUCCAACUAGACCGCUUCCUGAAGAUUCUUGUGCAAGAUCUGAACAAGUAUGUUGCCAUCAGCGAAGAGUUCGCCAUCAGUGCGGAGGAGAAAGCACGGUCCGGUAUGCUAUUUGACCGCAAGGUAGCCCGGGUCAUCACUCCGGGCACCCUGAUCGAUGAAAAGUUUAUGGAUCCAUCCGAAAACAAUUUUCUCAUGUCAAUAUACAUCGAUCCAUCACAGUUGGGUAGAUCUGCGAGCGGCGACGAAUCCUCUCACCAGCAUGUCAUCACAUCGGCCUCCUCACAGAACGUCGGCCUCGCGUGGCUGGACCUCUCCACAGGUGACUUUUACACCCAGUCCACCACAGCGCAGAUGCUCCCAUCCGCAAUUGCAAGGGUAGGUGCCAGGGAGAUUCUCGUAGACCAACGUCUUCAAGAUCUAGUCGGACAAGAGCUGCAGCUGCUUAUCGGCCACGAACAUCGGUUAAUGACCUUUUUUAACUUUCCUGAGAACGUUGCGCCGGUGUCGGAUUGGGCAUAUAUGCUGGAAGAGCCCCUACCGUCUACGUCAAUCGACUCAUUCACGCAAGAGGAAGUCGCGGCAGGCUAUAGUUUGCUAGAAUACAUUCGAGUCCAACUGCAGGGUCUUAACCUAAAGCUGCAGCCGCCUCGUCGCCGGCAUCUGGACGAAUCGAUGAACAUCGAUCGUAACAGUCUAAGAGGCCUUGAAAUACUCGAGACAGCGCGCGAAAGUCUUGGAAAGGGUAGUCUACUUCAUGCGGUGCGUCGGACGUCCACCAAAAGCGGAGCGCGACUACUCCGGGAUCGCCUAUCAUCUCCUUCGACUUCACUGUCAGUGAUCAAUGAUCGUCUCAAUCUAGUUUCAGUAUUCAUUGAGGAUAGUGAACUACGUGAUGGGCUAGUGCAGCUGCUCAAGCGCAGUUACGAUGCCCAGCGUUUGGUUCAGAAGUUCACUCUAGGGAGGGGAGACCCAGAUGACUUGAUCUGCUUGUCUAAGGCUAUAGCAGCUUCGAAGGAAGUGAAGCGGCUAUUAUCUACAACUAGCAACGCACGAUUCUCGAAGUCUUCUCAGGAAGCACUCCGGACAAUGGUUGGUCGGCUAUAUCUGGAUGGGCCAACAAUCCUCGCAGACAAGAUUUUGUCCGCAAUCGACGAGGAAGGCCUGCUACAAAAGCAACGCAUCGAAGAUGACACUGCAGCUGAAGCGGCCCUUCUAGCACAUGAAGUCACCCUUAACGAAGGCGCAGCAGCUGAUCUAGCGAGUUUGCCAAAGAAAGUCAGACAGAAGACUGCCAAUCACUCGGCAACAGAUGAGUCUUCGGUUGUCGAGACAUGGAUAAUGCGACGAGACGCGAGUGCCGCGUUGGAACAACUUCACCGAACACUAGACGAACUGCAGACAGAGAAAUCGGACCUCGGCCAGCAUCUUCGUGACUCUGUCGGAUCCUCCACUAUUACACUGAAGUGGACUCCUGGCUUGGGGCACAUAUGCCAUGUCAAGGGUGCGAAGGUCUCGCAGGAGCAACUGGAAGAGCUUGGAGUGACUCGAAAUGUUUCCUCAACAAAGUCAACCAGGUCAUUCUACCUCCCCGCUUGGACCGAACUCGGCGGCCGCAUGGAUCAAUUGAAGGUCCAGAUCCGGCAGGAGGAGCAAGCCAUCUUCGAGCAGCUACGCCGCGAAGUCAUCAUGAACCUAGUAAAGAUCCGCCGCAAUGCCUCGGUCAUGGACGAACUCGACGUCGCCUGCUCGUUUGCUACACUCGCGGACGAACAGCAACUCAUCCGCCCCACCCUCACAACAGGCACAUCACACAAAAUUGUCGGAGGCCGCCAUCCAACCGUCAAACUCGGUCUCGAAGAACAAGGACGUCGCUUCGUCAGUAACGACUGCUUCCUCGGCGAAUCCGAGCGCAUCUGGCUCAUUACAGGCCCUAACAUGGCAGGAAAGAGUACGUUCCUUCGCCAGAACGCACUCAUCACCAUCCUCGCCCAGGUCGGGUCCUUCGUGCCCGCCGACUACGCUGAGAUCGGUAUCGUUGAUCAGAUUUUCAGCCGCAUUGGCGCAGCAGACGAUCUCUUCCGCGACCAGUCCACGUUUAUGGUUGAGAUGCUGGAGACGGCGGCCAUCCUUAAGCAGGCGACGCCAAGGUCGUUUGUGAUUAUGGAUGAGGUUGGGCGGGGGACAACGCCUGAGGACGGAACGGCGGUUAGCUUUGCGUGUCUGCACCAUUUGCAUUACCGGAAUCAGUGCCGGACGCUGUUUGCGACGCAUUUCCAUGGGCUUGCCGAUAUGACCCAAGAGUUCUCCGCGCUGGAGAGGUAUUGUACUGAUGUGAAGCAGACGGCUGAGGGAGCAUUCUCGUUUGUCCAUAAGCUGCGGAAGGGUGUCAAUCGAGAGUCGCAUGCUUUGAAAGUCGCCCAGCUGGCGGGAUUGCCUAAAGAGACACUCGAGCUGGCGAGGAGGGUUCGUGACAGUGCCCGCCGUGAAGCUUCUCAGCUCAGUGCCUCUGCCUCUGCUUCUGCAUCAUAA